CAUAAGUAAAUACAAAUCUUCAGCAGCGAUUGUCGCUCCAGUGCUCAAAGUUCGAAAGAGAGGGUAAUACAUUAGAAUGGGGAAACUAGUGGCGGCAAUCGGCAGGUUCCUCUGCUUUGCACAGGUGAACCAGUCAACAGUAGGCAUCAAGGAAAGAUUUGGGAAGUUCGAAGAAGUGCUCGAUCCUGGGUGCCAUUUCGUCCCAUGGAUAAUCGGAAACCGCAUCACUGGUGAGCUCACACUAAGGCUUAGGCAGCUCGAUGUCCGUUGUGAGACAAAGACAAAGGAUAAUGUUUUCGUAACUGUUGUUGCAUCCAUUCAAUACCGAGCAAUGGAAGACAAGGCAAGUGAUGCAUACUACAAGCUGAGCAACCCAAGAGCUCAAAUACAAUCAUAUGUCUUUGAUGUUGUAAGGGCAAGUGUUCCCAAACUUGAACUGGAUGACGUUUUUGAGCAAAAGAAUGAAAUAGCAAAAGCUGUGGAGGAAGAGCUUGAAAAGGCAAUGUGUGCUUAUGGUUAUGAGAUUGUGCAAACACUCAUUGUUGACAUAGAACCCGAUGAAAAAGUUAAAAGGGCUAUGAAUGAAAUUAAUGCUGCUGCAAGACUCCGUGUCGCAGCAAAUGACAAGGCAGAGGCAGAGAAGAUCAUUCAGAUAAAGAGGGCUGAGGGUGAUGCUGAAGCGAAGUAUCUCUCUGGCCUUGGCAUUGCAAAGCAGCGGCAAGCCAUAGUUGAUGGGCUAAGAGAUAGCGUGCUUGGCUUCUCUGGCAAUGUGCCUGGGACUUCAGCUAAGGAUGUGAUGGAUUUAGUUCUGCUCACUCAAUACUUUGACACCAUGAAAGAGAUCGGCGCAGCAUCCAAAUCUUCUGCAGUUUUUCUCCCACAUGGUCCUGGCGCUGUUGCAGACGUUGCCGGUCAGAUUCGAGAUGGAUUUCUUCAGGCAUCUACUCAGCAGGCAAAGUGAUGGAUUGCAUUGAACCUGAAUCCAGUUUCAUGAAUUUGGAUUGGUUGGGCCAUCCCUACUGGUUUGUCAUAACUGAGUGAUCCUGCAUGCUUGAGUAUAUUGGCGGUGUGCUUCUUAAACAGUAUUAAGCUUGUAAAUUGGCUGUGUUUAGUUUACAACAGAUAAGGUAGUCUGUGUAUAGGUGCCCAGAUACAAAAUGGAGCAUGGGCACAUUACAAAAAUCUGGUUAAUGAUUGUGGUGUGACCAUACUUUGGCUUAUGAGAACUCUCGAGAGUAAUGUUCUCACAUCUUUUAAAACUU